AUGCGCGCGCGCCGGGUGCAGACCCGCGCUUCGACUUCAGUAUUCGUUCGCGCGGCAUUGCGGAUCGUGGCUGGACAGGCUGUUGACGCUCGCAUCGAGGAAAGACAGGAUGCCAUAUCUCUGCGCGAGGAGCGAGACAAGCCCGCGCUGGCCUCGUAUCUGGCCUGUCCGAUCCUUGGCGUCCUAAUUCAAGGGUUUCCAGGACUGGUCAGGACACCUGGAAACCUGACGGGCGGUGUGCACCAACGGAUUCACUUCUGGGCGGUUGUCACGCUCAUGGCCUCACCUGCGCAACACGGCGUCGUGCUUCCACAUCGCGCACUUCGAGAGUUGUCUGUCCGACACGAGGUCACGACGGCGAGCACCGCAUUCGUGACCGCAACGACGACGACCUUGGUGGACACAGGCGCACUGAUCUCCGGGCAGACCUUGUCCGCGCUCGCCGGGCGCGCCACAAGGAGGAUGAGGGAGUCCGCGACCAAGUUCAAUCCAAGGGCGUGGGGGCAGAAGACCAAUGUGCGACGGGCGGACGAGACAGCGAGACAGCGAGUGAGGCGUCCAACUGCAACAACCUGCGUCGUCCACCCUCCAGGAUUGCGACGCGCACCCCCAGAGAAGCUCCACCUCCAGCCUGCAAAUGGUAUGUUAUGUGGGCGCGGCGAUGGGGAUGUCGCGUCCGUGGCGGUCGUGUUGACCAUGCUCGCUGCACUCGAGCCACUGUCGAUCCCAGCGCCGAGCCCGACGCACAGCGCGUUUGUGGCGGGGAUGUUGCCGCAGAGUAUCGAGACGUGGAGCGUUCACUUGGUGGAGGGCGAGGGGCAGACUCAGCGUCAUCCUCGACGAACGGGACGGCCACGAGCAGCCAGCGCGCACCGCGUCCGCCCUCCAGCUCUAGUGGUUCUGGCGCCGCUACGGGCGUGCCGAGCUCUCCGACCGCACGGGCGAGUGGGCGCGCGGGUCGAGGAUGACGCGGGCAUGCGGGUCGAGGACAGCACAGGCGCGGUGGCGUGGGUGAAGGACGAGGCAGCCGUAUGCCACUGGUUCCAGGACGGCGAGCGCGCGCAGGUCAAGGACAGCGUGGCCGUGUGGCUUGAGGACGGCGGAGUGGCGCGGGUCAAGGGCGGCGCGGAGGUGCACGGCGAGGGAGACGUCUGGCUGUUGGGGGUGGCGCUGUCGAUCUCGGCGUUGGUGGAGAAGUGGGGGAAGCGUGGGCACUGGUGCAGAGUGAAUCUGAAUGGCCUUGGGCAGGGCGAGAAGCGCAGCGAGGCUGUGAAAGGUUCGUCUACCGCCUCGCGUACAAGACGUGUCUGUUCCUUGUUCAACGGCUCGGGGAGCUGGGUGAGCAAGUCGAGCAGCGAACGGGCGUCGUUGGCGACAGUGGGACUGCGGGCAACGGUCGACAGCGGUGAGGAAGGCAGCUUGAGUGCGAAGCGCGUCGAUGGGGAUGUCGUUGGGGGAAUCGUGAGCGCCUUGCGUGAGUCCCUGGGCUUGAGCAUGCUCGACGUCAUCGAGGGGGAGGAUGGCACACCUACGAGACACCGUGACCCAUCCAACACGUGCGGUGGCAGGUGCGGCACGGUGAUCGUCACCUGCCUCCCAGAGGGGUCUCAGUGCCAGGGUUGCAACCAAAGCCCUGUAAGGUGCAUGGUUGCAACCAUGCAACGGUUGAAACCGUAG